UAUACAAAGAAUAAUAACUAUAAAAUAUUUUCAUAAUACAUUUCAAUAUAUUUUUGAAAUAUUUUAUUUUAAAAAUUAAUUUUACCUUAUAAUUUUUCAAUUGAUUUACAAUUAAAUCUUCCAACGAAUAAUGGUAAAAAACAAUUUAUACAAUAUAUUCCUAGGCUUAAUGUGCUUUUCUUUAAUGGAUUCUCAACCUGCAGAAUCCAUGUGCGAGCCCAUUGAAGUAAAAGAACAAUCAAUUCAUGGUGCAAAAAAUUUCAGACUUAGAAUUACAAAAAAGAAUGCCACGAAUUAUAAUUUAACAAUAACAUUAUUGCCUCCAUCAACGAAUGACUACGAAGUCUUAAAUUACGGUUAUAAUUGGUUGUAUUUAAAUUCUAAUGAAAUUUUUGCCCAUUUUAUCAACAAGGACGGACAAGAUACCAAUAUGACCAAGAAAAGGGGAUUCAAUUUUAAGGAUUUCGAUAAAAGCGUGAAAUAUUACGUAGAAUUUUAUAUGAACUAUAAAAACAAUGCAAGUGGCAAAGAAUCAAUUUAUAAAGAUUAUUCUGCUUGGAAAGUAUUCAUAUAUGAUGAAGAAGCCAAAGGAAUUAAAAUCGUUGAUCUCAAGCUUGCACCAGAGAUUACAAAAGUAUGUGGUACUAAUUUGGAAGGAGGAUUAAAGGAAUUAAAUGUAACAUGGGUGUCUAACAUCAACGAGAAUAUCACCGGUUUUAUAAUCGAACUUAACCCUACCCUUGGGAAUUCAAAGCGGAGGCAAAGAGUUGCCAUAAGAGAUCCAAAAGCGACUUCUUGUUUAUUGAGUAAUGUGACGCUAGACGAAGAAUACGAAAUAUCAAUUCGCACUUUACUUAAAAAUAUUCAAGGCAGCGUAAUAAGUGGUUUUAAUUACAUGUUCGGGAAGGUCUACAUUCCUAAAAUUUAAAAAUAAAUUUUUACUAUACUAUUUUGAAUAAUCCUAUGUUAGAAUAAAUCAGUUAAUUUUUAUUAUUUUAUUUUGGAAUU